AUGUCUGAUAAAAAUUCAUUAAAUCACACCAAAAAAGUUUUCCAUUGGAAAGGUAAAAGAGUGACUGAAAAAAAGUAUGAAAAAAAUCUAAAACAGGUGGCAUUGGCUAAAAAUUUAAAAGAAAAACAUGGAAAGUUUAUGUCACCUAACCCUACUGUCAACGUAGAUGAAAUAAACAUAAAUACUGAAGAGAAAUCAGACGAUGAUUAUGGUCGUAGAAUAGUUCACUUAAAAACGUUAGGUAAAAAUAUGUUUUGUAGUCAUUGUGAUUUUUUAUUAUCACUGGCGGAUUUAGUAAGUGAGAAGCGUAUUGGAUUAGCAUCAAUUCUAUACCUAAAAUGCAGAAAGUGCGAUAAAAUAACUGGUGCAUCUACUGACAUUCAACAUCGAGUGUCAAAUGGAAAUAGUCAUUAUGAUUCGAAUACUCAGCUCAUAAUAGGCUCUAUGAACAGUGGAGUUGGAAACACGCAUAUAAAUAAAGUCUUGACAGCUAUGGAUAUCCCACAAGUAAAUUGGAAGAGUUUUAAAACCCAUGAAAGUGAGGUAAUUAAAGGUGUUGAAUGCAUGGCCCAGGAGAAGUGUCUCGAUGCUGCUAAAGAAGAACGACGAUUGACAAUCGAAAAUUUUGACAAAUUAAAAAUU